CUUCGGACGAGCGAAAAAGAACCGUACACCAAAACACCAAAACAACACUCAAAGGCACACAGGAGGCCACACCAGCAAACGAAACCCACAGAGCACGCUUGGCGCAAGAAGGAGAGCUGCGUGAAUAUUCGGCUGUUGUUCAUCAUGGCAACCCAGCCGAGACCUCCCCGUCCCCCUCCGGUAGGCCCCUUCUUCUUCCGUCCUCCCUACCCAUUCCACCCAUUCCCGCGUCCCACGCCCCGUCCGCCUGCCGCUCACUCAGUCCCAGCGAUGCGACCGUCUAUGACCGCCGACCUCGCCGUCGCACAGACGCCGGGCGACAGGAGAGGGCAGGGAAGAGGAAGAGGCUAUUAUCGAAGCUUCAGUGAGGGCGCUCCUGCUCGGAGCGACAGCAUUGAGCCGGAGAGGGAGGCACAGCCGCAACAGGUGAGUCAGGGAGGCAGGAAGGAAGGAGUCAGGGAGAAGAUAUGGUUGGUAUGCAUUGCAUUGCAUGUGGGCGGUUUUGGUGCUCUAUCUCUCUCAGGUGCGGUGGACCUUCCACGAGCUCGUGUAUGCGAUAUUCGCGCGGCACCUGCUGAUCGUGUUUGUCUUUCUGGUGAUCUUCUACUUCAGCGUCUUGGGCAUCGAGUCGUCGCGCUACUGGGACACCUACUGCGAGGAGCCCAUCCUCCCCUGGAUGUGCAUCUUCGCCGCCAACCAGCUCGGCCGACUCAUCUACGCCAUGUGGAAGAACUACCACAUCGCCCUGGUCGGCUCGGGCACCCGGCCGGAGGACGUGUGUGGCCACCACUACAUGUACGGCUUUGGCAUCAUCAACGAGUUUCUGCGGAUGGGCGUGUGGAGUGCGGGGUUCUACUACAUCGUGUACAAUCCGCCCAAGGUGUGUCCGCGGGAGCUGGUGGAGUGGAGCCAGACGCUGUGGUGGCUGACGACCGUCAUGCUGUUCGCGCCCCUCCUGCUGGUUCUGCUCAUCCUCUCGAUGCUGCCGCUGCUCCUCGUCAUUCUGCCCUACUUCGUCAGGUGAAUAAUGGGGCGGUCGGUCGGUAGACUUUCUUUGUUUCUUCAUGUUUCAUACAUUCAUCAGACGCGGCCCCAAUCAGACGGCCACCGCCGAGAGUCUGCUGGAGCAGCUCCAGAAGAUGCCGUACGAGCAGCUCGUGAGGCGCAUCAAAGAGACCCACGGCCUCGUCACCUCCGAGGCGGCCAGCCAGGAGGGCGGCGGUCCGCCACUCGGUCUCACCGAAGCAGCUGCCAACGGGCAGGGAGGGGGGCAGGAGAACGGCCUGCAGCAGCCGCUGUUGGGCAUCACGACCGAGGGCGGGGCUGAGGGCGGCGUUCGGGGCGGGCAGACACAGCCGGUGAGGCGGGGCAGUCCCACACGAGAGAGCGCCGCGGCUGCGACGUUGGAGAUGCAGCGCAUCGGCGACGAGGGGCCGAGUGCCGCAGCUGCUGCUGCAGCAGCAGGGGCCGGUGUGGGUGCUGGGGCGGCGGAGGCUCCGGCGGACACGAGCUGGAUUCAGACUGAGUGUAGCAUAUGCCUCCAAGAGGUAAUUGAUGAAGCUGUGGAGAGGGAGGGAGGGAGCCAUGAAGGAAGGAAAUGGGUUUCUGGUCUGGUCUGGUCUGUGGUGUGCCGUGGUGUGCUUUGGCAUCAUCAGUUUCAACCUCAGGAUGAGGUGAUAUGUUUGCCGUGCGAUGAGCGACACUUCUUCCACACCUCAUGCGUCACAGGUACUUACACACACUCCCUCACUCACCCGACGUGAUAAUGCGAUCGACGCCGUGUGUCUGUUCUGUUGUGUUCUGUUGUGUUCUGUUGUGUUCAUUCGUGCAGGUUGGCUGCGUAUGAGUCAGCUGUGUCCCGUCUGCCGCACCAACAUCAGCGACCUCCUGGCCUCACAAGUCGCUGAGGCCCGGGCGCAGGAGGACUCCAACGCUGCUGGGCCACAGAACGUCUGACCUUUCUUUCCAUCCUCUCAGAGAUGCACGCACGCAGGAGGGCAGGCGCGCUGCAGCCCUUUGUUGUCUAUCGAGGGUGAGUGGCACUGACUUGUGCAGGUAGAGAUCUGCGUGCAGUGCAUGCGUCGCCUUCAGCUUCCUCACAUACAUCACACAAAGGAUGCAGCGCAGCCCAGCGCACUGCCUGUGCUGUGAAUGUCACAACAUCGUGUGUGUCUGUCGACAGAGUGAAUGUUUGUUUGCUGCCGACCGGUACGCUGUCUGACAGACUGACUGACUGACUACCUGGCUGAGAGAGAGACAGAGAGAGUGCGCAUGUUUGUAUCAUGAUGAUUGUGUGGAUGACACACUGAGUGAGUGUUCGCGACCAACACGAUGGACGAGGAAUGCCUUUUUUCGUAGUGGCGGUCGCGCGUUCGUUUGUUUGUUCGUUCGUUGGUUUGUUUGCCAGAAGGCGGAUGUACCUACCUGCAUUUUUGGGUUGGUCUCUCUCACUGACUGCAUCAGCAUCAAUGAAUCAACGUCGUUAUGUGCACUUCGGACGAACGACUGACCAAAGGGGUGUGAGUGAAUGUGUCCAUCCAUC